UUAUGUGCUACCGUACACGUGUAUAGAAUUAGUAGGGGUAGUUUAGUUACUAUGCGCUUAACCGAACAUGUGUAUAGGAGUAGUCAUUCCGCACCCUAUUAUGUCAAUAUUAUAAACCAAAUACCAAACACAAUCUUUGUUAAAAAAAAAAAAAAUCCAAACACCAAAACCUUAUUAUUAAUCGAAUUCUAGGUAGAAGAAAAAAAUAGGGGAGAGAGAAACCUAAACACAUAGUGCAUACCACCUCUAAACCCAACAACAUAGAUUAGAGAAGAACCCUUGAAUAUUCUUGCCUAAAUUUUUCUCUCUUUUCCAUUGUUUUUAAUUUAGGCAGUUGGGUUUGUUUCCUGUUUAAUACUAUGGGUAUUAAAACUGGAAACUACAUCUAAUUAUGGAAGAUUUCAGCGUUUCUUUGGAAUUCAUUACACUCAAUUGCUCUUUCUGGGCCAAUAUCUUUCCAAAAUAUAGCUAAUUAAAGAAUCUGCUACCCGAUUUACAUGAUCUUGAGGGAUAAAAAUUUUGUAUUUUUAUUUUCUUCCCUAAUUUUGAAAAAUAAAAAAUCCCAUUUAUUAAACAUGAUACACUAUUUCCCAUGCUUUUCUGAUUUCACAAUCGUCAUAAUUUUAAUUUGUAUUUAUUGUUGUUAUUAUUUAUAUUAUGAUGAUGGGUUUCAUAUUUCAUAGGAUAUCUCCAUUUUUGGUGUUGUGUUCUUUGAAGAGAUGCUGAAGGAGCAAUUUCCUUAUUACCCAAUUACAAGGACAAGGGCACCUUCAAAUGUGGAAGGUUUUUCAUUCUCUGGACUUUCACCACUGCAAAGACUUAGGGUUUUCUAUGGCAACAUAAAGUGAGAGAAAUUGUUGAGGCUUGGGCAUCAGAAUCUCUAGCAUUGCCUUUCAGUUGCUCCAUUAUACUGUAGUAACCAAUGUCUAACUCCUGGGAUAAAGUUCGCAGUUUUCUGGAGAUGAUGGAUAUCCAAAAUUUACACUCACCUCAUCCAUCAUCAUUCACAUCUUCAUCAAGCUCUAACUGCAAUGUGAAUCCUUUGCAAAUUGAUGUUAGAAGAUGGGAGGUUGGUGACAGGACGGCUCAGCAGAUUUUGUCCGUUAUCCAACCUAAUGCUGAAUCUGAGAAUAGGAGGAAAGAGAUCAUUGAAUAUCUUCAGAAGCUUAUUGAAGAUGUUUUUGAAAUUAAGGUUUUCCCUUUUGGAUCCGUGCCUCUUAAGACCUACCUUCCACAUGGAGACAUCGACUUGACUGCAGUUAGUUAUUCCAAUACUGGCCAAGAUUUAGCUGCGGAGAUCUGCCAUCUCCUAGAAAAUGAAGAGAAGAGAAGCACUAGAAUUCAAGUUGAGGAUGUGCUUUGUGUCCCUGCGCAGGUGAAAAUUGUUAAAUGCACUGUGGGUGGAAUUUGUGUAGACAUAUCCUUCAAUCAAACAACUGGGCUUUGUUCACUGUACUUUCUUGAACAGGUUGACCGGUUUAUUGGCAAAGAUCAUUUCUUCAAGCGCAGUGUGAUUCUCAUCAAAGCAUGGUGCUAUUAUGAGAGUCGGAUCCUUGGUGGAUUCCAUGGUCUAAUAUCUACAUAUGCUUUGGAGACUAUGGUCUUGCAUGUUAUCAAUCUUUUUCAUUCUUCAUUGACUUGUCCUUUAGCAGUCUUGUAUAAAUUUUUAGAAUACUAUAGCACAUUUGAUUGGACCAGAUAUUGCGUUGAUAUUAAUGGUCUUGUCUUAAUAUCAUCUCUUCCAGAUAUAGUGGUGCAAGCACCACAUGACUGCGAUGAUUUAUUGUUGACUGAUAAUUUUCUAAGGAGUUCUAGAGAAGCAAUCUUAUCUUCUAUGGGAAUUGUUGGAACCAAGAAUUCUGUAUUUCCUGUAAAGUUUCUCAACAUUUUAGAUCCUCUUAGAGAUGAGAACAAUUUAGGCCGCAGUGUUAACAAGGGUAACUUUCAUCGUAUCAAAGCUGCUCUCUCUUAUGGUACUAAAAAGUUGGGCGACAUUUUGAUGUUACCAUCACAAAAUAUUGAAUGUGGGCUUGAAAAGUUUUUCAAGGAUACGCUGGAGAGGAAUGGAAAUGGAAGACGAGCAGAUGUCACAGUUCCUGUGGACAAGUAUGGUUCUAAUGUCUUCACUGGCGACAGUGAUCAUGAUCAUCUUCUUUCAGGAAUACAUUAUGUUCUGUGGUUUCUUGAUUAUGGUGUGAUGUAUCCUGUACUCCCUGAAGCAUCAGCACAUUGUACGGUCUGGAAUAAUCAGUGUAUGGAGAUGGGUCAUACUGUGCAAUUUGAUCAGAGCUUGUAUAGUAACAUCAACAUAAGUCCACCUUCUGUUAAUUUACUGACAAGUUUCACACAGACAAAUGCUGCAUAUGUUACAGAGGAGCGGAAUCUGAUAAGUUACCCACAGACAAAUGCCACAUAUGUUACAGAGGAGCGGAAAUCAAGGGGAACAGGGACAUAUAUUCCUAAUCUUGAGCAUCUCAUGCGAAGGCAUUUUAAUGUAGAAGCAAGAAAUGAGGAACAGGAAAAGGGAAAAGAAGUUGAAUCUGUGGACUCUCCAUCUUGCACCUCUACAAAGGCUAAUCUGUCAUCUGGUGUGGAAGUAAACACAAAUGCCUUUAAUUUUUCGAUUGAAGAUUUCCCUAUUCUUCCUGGAAGUAAGCCCAUACCUAUUAAAGUCAACCAAUCGAAUCCCCCGGAGACUAAGCAGGUCAAAGAGACAUCAGUGUCAUUGGAUAGCAUUGAGUUUGAUAGCUUCAAACAUUCAUCUCCGAGAUCUCUGUCACUGUCAGAAGCAGGGAAGCUGUCAGAUUCCGAUGUUUCGGCUAUUUUGGACCUUGUGAGUGACCCAACAACUGUGACAGUACUUGAAGACCAGGAUUUAUCUAAGAGCGAGGAAAAAAUGGUGGUCCCUGUGCAGCCAUUGCAACUGGCAGAUGACAGUGAGUUCCCCCCUCUAAGCCGUCCUCCAGAACCUGUUAUAACGCUUAAUAAGAAGGAAUUUCCUCCUCUUCGGGCAUGUUUGAAGUCACAGAAAAAGGGGAAGUGGAAAUCAGUAUUUAAAUAGGUGCAGCAAGGGGUGUGGAAAGGAAUUGCAACAAUAUGAAGGAGUAGGGUUUGUUGCUGUGAUUCUGUGACUAAUAUGAUGACUAUAUAAGAGAAGAAAGCCAGUGAUCGCUAAUAUGAGGGAUAGAAGCUGUAGCUGUUUAGAAGUAGUUGCAUUUGCAGCAAAUAGUUCAGAACAUGUUGUAAGAACCUCUUAGUUAUAGAUGCUCGCUGAGCUCGAGACAUUCUAUAUGUUUCCGUUUUAUUCAAUUUAACCUUAUUCAGAUGCUUUAGCAAAAACUUGUAGGCAAAAAUACAUGGUUUUUGCUUAAACUGAAUUCUCUGAAUGUCAUCAACAACUUACCGGAAUUGAAAUCUUAGAAAGACCAAAUUGGAACUGUA